AUGGGUUCGAUAGAAGGAUUAUCCCAGCAACUUUCGGACCAGACGAGCGACUGCUCCUAUGUCUAUGGCACUCGGUUCGCCACCAGGGCUUUGCCAUCGCAUCAACUUCCAGAUGGAGGGAUGCCAAAGGAAGUGGCGUACCAGAUGAUCAAGGAUGACCUGGCCCUGGAUGGUCAGCCCAUCUUGAACCUCGCCAGUUUUGUGACCACGUACAUGCAGGAAGAGGAAGCCCUGAAACUACUCGUCGAAUCAUCAAACAAGAACAUCAUCGACCACGAAGAGUAUCCCAAAUCCGUCGAGAUCGAGCACCGCUGCCUGAAUAUCCUCGCCGACCUAUUCCACUCUCCAGUCGCUAACGGAAAUCCAACUGCCUUUGGCACAUCAUGUAUUGGAUCUUCCGAAGCCAUCAUGCUCGCAACCCUGGCCAUGAAGAAGCGUUGGAUCAUCAACCGCAAAGCCCAGGGGAAAGACUUCUCUAAUCCGAACAUCAUCAUGAGUAGUGGUGUACAAGUCUGCUGGGAAAAGGCAGCCAAAUACUUCGACAUCGCCGAGAAGCUUGUCCCAUGCACUGAGACGCGGUACGUGAUUGACCCAAUUCAAGCCGUCGACAUGGUCGACGAGAACACCAUUGGUAUCUGUGCCAUCCUCGGCACCACAUACACGGGUCAGUACGAAGACGUACAAGCCAUCAGUGAGAUCCUCCUUGCAAAAGGUCUGGACACUCCCAUCCAUGUAGAUGCCGCCAGCGGGGGAUUCGUGGCUCCGUUCGUGAACCCGGAUCUCGUGUGGGAUUUCAAGUUGCCCAACGUCGUCUCGAUCAAUGUCUCAGGGCAUAAAUAUGGCCUGGUCUACCCCGGAAUCGGCUGGGCCCUCUGGCGGUCAUCGGAGUACCUCCCCGAAGACCUAGUCUUUAACAUCGACUAUCUAGGCGCCGAGCAACUGAACUUCACCAUGAACUUCUCCAAACCAGCUUCGCACAUCGUAGCCCAGUACUACCAGCUCAUCCGACUCGGUCGAAGCGGGUACACCAGCAUUAUGAGAAACCUCACGAAGACAGCCGACUACCUCACCAGUCAGCUGCAAGAACUGGGCUUCAUCAUUAUGAGUGAAGGGGCCGGUAAGGGUCUGCCAGUCGUGGCGUUCCGACUGAGUCCAACGCAGAAUGUCAUCUUCGACGAGUGGGCACUUGCACGGAAACUGCGCGAGAGGGGGUGGAUCGUGCCUGCUUACACUAUGGCGGCUGAUUGUGAAGAGAUGGGGAUGAUGAGGGCUGUUGUCAGGACCGAUUUCAGUAUGGGACGGUGUGUGAGUCUGGUGCGGGAUGUGCGAGAUGCCCUAGCGGAUUUGGCGGGCAUGGAGAUUCGGAAUAUCCAACGGUAUCAGGCAUUGGUUCAGAGUUAUGUUUCGAUUUCGAAGAAGAAGUGGACUUCUUCUCGGAUAGUCAGUCAGGAAGUGGGCAAAGAGAUAGAAGGGGUUUGA